GCGUGGCUUCAUUAAAUUAAAAAUGUCUGUUCUUGCUGCAGGAGCUAUUGCAGGCGGAGCUGGUAAAGCUGCUCUGCUGGAGAAAUCUAACAUGCUAGACGAGGUCAACAGUCUACUGGACCUCAUGGUAUCCGAGAAACAGGCUCUUGAAGAGAAAAUAGUAUCAUUAGAAGAGCAAGUAAAAGGUAGCAAGACAAGUGAAGACAAAACCAACGAGAAAGAAGCUAAUGCAUUGAGAAAAGGAGAGAUCAAAGAACUAGCAGUAUUGAGGACUGAACUUGCAAUGGAGAGAGAACUCAUCAGCUCUUUGAGAGACAGGGUAGAAAGAACAAGCGAGGACUGUCAAAGAGAAAGGCAUGAACACAAGAAAUGGAUCGAUGAACUCCAGGAGCAACUGAGCUACAUUCAAUUGCAAUACCAGAAAGAAAAGAGAGAGAACAAAAGAUUGCAAGAAGUUUUAUUAAAAAGAAAUGAGAAAAACGAUGCAUUGAUUGCUGAAAACAACAAACUUAUCAGAACAUUAGAAAAACUGGAAGAGAAACAGUCAAAGACAAGGACAACCCUGCUGGCAUUGAAAAGAAAAGUAACACUAGAAUCAAAAACAAUCAAAGGAGAAGAAGAGAAAAGAGACACAGAAAUAAAUGGCAUAGUGGAAGAGAGAGUAAAGAAACGAUUGAAGAUUCUGCUAGAAGAGAAAGAGGCAGAGUUAAAGGAUAUGAGAAACCAAGUGAUACAAAGAGACGGGAUCAUCAAGAAACAGGAAAACCAGUUAAACAGGUUGAGGGAUGAACUGUCUAAUCAACUGAGUGGAUUUGAGAAGGAAUUGCAGUCCUCAAGGUUGGAGCUUCCUGAGCUAAGAAAAGCUUUGAAAAUGCAGCAAAAGAAAUUAAGAAAAAGUGAAGAAGCAUUGCAAAUGGAAAGACAAGAAUCACAGCAACUAUUAGCAAGCACUGAAGCACAUAUAACAAAGCUAUUGGGAGUGUUGGACAAAGAGAGACACGACCAUCAUAAGGAAGUCCACUCACUCUGUGUUGCAAUGGCUACUCAGAAACAAGAGCUACAGAUGGAGCUGGACAGACUUAAGGAUGUAAGCAUGAGAAGAGUGACUGAACUUGCUAAGGAAGUGUGGCUUUUGAAAAAUAAAAAUAACAAUAAUUAG